AUGGUUGUUUAACUAUAGUUGUUUCUUUAAAAACUAUGGGUAACUAAAAAUUGAUGAAUUUAAGUCUUUCGUUUUCUUUUGGCAAGUGUUAUAUUAAUUAUCAUCUUAAUAAAUCCAUGUGUGUUUAACUAAAUAAAUAUUCAGUGAUACUUACUCAAAUUCCUUUUUUGUGUUGAAAAUAUUUUUUUCUUACUUUUUUUUUUAACCUUAUCUUCAUAUCUCAUAUUGUUUUUCCUUUUUUCGAUGAAAUGUUGUAUUUUUACUCUAUAUAUACCUCAACCUCUCUAGUUCUUUUCUAUCAUGUGUCUGCGAGUGAAAUAUCUACGUAACAACAGAUUUAAAAGGGAAACCACUACCCAGGGAAAAAUGAGCGAAAGAGGCAAAUCUAGUUUUGAAAGUUUUCUUAAAAGCAUCUCUCUUCCCGUCCGCGUCAAGGGCAGAUCUAAUUUCGAAAGUUUUCUUAAAAGCAUCUCUCUUCCCGUCCGCGUCAAGUUCCAUACUGAGAAACGUGUCGGUUCGUCUUCUUCAAGAGGCAAAGAAGAACGAGUGAAAAAACCUCACCUUCGCCUGGGUGACAUUUGGUCCGCCUACGACGAGUGGAGCACUAAUUGCGUCGGCGUUCCUCUUACGCUGAAGGACUCGUGGACGAUUGCUAAUCAGUAUUAUGCUCCCACCCUCUCCGCCAUCCAAAUCUUCACCAAGAAACCCUUCGUUGAUGAUGGAUCUUCUUCUUCUUCUUCUUCUUCUUCAAGGAGCUUUGGUGAGGACUGUCAUCUUUAUUUUGAAUACAAUGAGACAAUGAGCUUAGAGGCGGCUAGGCCGACUCUUACUAUGAUGUUUGAGGAACUAGCUAAGAAGCACCAUGGAUUGAAUACUCUUAGAACCUCUGAUCUGUCUGAAAACAGUUGGUUUUCUAUAACUUGGUCUCGGGGAAUUCAAAUUCCAGCAGUGAAAACCCUGAAUCAGUAUUUCCUAACAUAUCAUUCAUUGACACCCGUUAUUCCAGAAACUAUUCCUAAAAAGACAAAAGUUGAGCUUCCUGCUUUUGGAGUUCUGACUACCAAGCUUGACAAAGUUUGGAUCAUGCCUGGGACCUCAGAUCAAGAGAUCAUAAACAGGCUUGAAGAGUCUGCUGCCUCUUGGCUUGGAAAACGCAUGUUCAGCCACAGCGAUUUCGACAUGUUUAUGGCUGAGAAAUCUAAGGACCUGCCAUUUUCUAGUGGGGUGGUAACUGGUGAGUGGUAACUAUCUCCGCAUUGAAAUUCUCAUAUAUCCUCCAGGUCCUGGUGAUGUAAUGUUGCCGGAAGAAAAAUAAGCCUGGUAGUGGUAUCUUGUUAUCGUGGAAUGUUUAGAUGAAAACUAUGUGAACAUUUGGAUUUGUCAGUUUUAUUUAAAAAGUGGCAUAUGAUUUGCCAAAACUCAAAUUA